CUUUGCACGCUCAAACUUGGUGACCAAGGAAAUGAUAACUACGUACACUCUGGUGUUUUCUAUCUGUAUAUAUAAGAGGCCAUAUAUCAUUUAGUACUGAACAAACCAUUCACAUACACUUCAAUUUCUGUUGUACUCCUACUAAUUUCAAGAUGAUGCAAGAUGUUUGGACUCAGUUGGGUCCAGCCAUUGCAGCAAUCAUGUUCUCCUGGACCAUGUACCAGAACUAUUUUCCUCACGAACUUCGUGGUCUUAUUAGGAGGUAUACCAAUAAAAUCGUGAGCUAUUUCUACCCUUAUAUGCACAUAAUUUUUCAUGAGUAUGAAAGUGAGGGGUGGUUCGUGCGGAGCAAAGCUUACGUAGCAAUCGAAAGGUACCUGAGCAAGAACUCUUGCACACAAGCUAAGCGCCUCAAAGCCAACACGGUGAAAGAUGGUCAAUCUCUUGUCCUAACCAUGGAUGAUUAUGAGGAGAUAACCGAUGAAUAUAAAGAUGAGAAGGUUUGGUGGAUUUCGAGCCAAUUAGCAGCCAACAAACAGACAAUUGCUUUGUGGAAGGAGGAUGACAAGAGGUUUUUCAAGCUCAAAUUUCACAGAAAGAAUCGCGAGCUUAUCACAGAGUCAUACUUGAAGUAUGUGUUGGAUGAAGGGAAGGCGAUAUCUGUGAGAGAACGACAGAGAAAGCUGUACACAAACAAUAAGGAAGAGCCAGGUGGUGGGUACAGAUAUAGGGGGUGGAGGAUGUGGAGUGGAGUAGUGUUUGAGCAUCCAUCAACAUUCGAUACUCUGGCCAUGGAUCCAAACAAGAAGCAAGAGAUUAUGGAUGAUCUCGAAACAUUCAGCAAGUCAAAAGACUAUUAUGCAAAGAUUGGAAAGGCGUGGAAGCGCGGUUAUCUUCUUUAUGGUCCCCCAGGAACGGGUAAAUCUAGCAUGAUUGCUGCUAUGGCUAAUUACUUGCAAUAUGAUGUCUAUGAUCUCGAACUGACAUCGGUUAAGGACAACACUGAGCUAAGAAAAUUGCUGAUAGAUACUACAAGUAAAUCUAUUAUUGUGAUUGAAGACAUCGAUUGCUCCCUUGACCUUACGGGUCAAAGGGAGAAGAAUAAGAAGAAAGACGAGGAAGAUAAAGAAAAAGAUGAGAAAGACGCCAUCAAGGAGAAGAUGAAAAGAGAAGAAGGGAAAGAAAAGCAAAGUCAGGUAACUUUAUCUGGACUUUUGAACUUCAUUGAUGGUCUAUGGUCAGCUAUUGGUGGUGAAAGGCUUAUUGUCUUCACCACCAACUAUGUGGAAAAGCUUGAUCCUGCUCUAAUUCGGAGGGGGAGGAUGGAUAAACAUAUUGUGCUAUCCUACUGUUGCUUUGAGUCCUUCAAGGUGCUUGCAAAUAAUUAUCUUGACGUCGAAUCUCAUGUUCACUUUCCUGAGAUUCGUCGCUUAUUGGGGGAAACUAAUAUGACUCCUGCUGAUAUUGCUGAGAAUUUGAUGCCUAAGUCUUCGAAGGAAAAUGCAGACACUUGCUUGGAGAGAUUGAUUAAAGCUCUUGAAACUGCAAAGGAGGAAGCAAAAUUGAAGGCUGAGAAAGAAGAAGAAGAGAGAGCAAAGGCUGAGAUGGAGAAGGAAGAGAAGGAGGAGAAAAAGAAAGAAUUAGCAGCUACUGAAGAAGCCAAGAAUGCUGAUGGUGUAAGCGAAAAAGAGAAGUCAGAAAGUAAUGGUGCUAAGGAAAAUGGUGAUGUUAGCAAAGGUUGAUUUCGGUAAUGUUUGAUUAAUAAGAAUUAAAGUUACACAUAUAUGAAAGUUUUGGGGGUGUUUUAGCUGUAUGUUUUCUGCAAUUGGCUUUCUUAGUUGUAUUUGUAAUAAGUUUAUUUUAUGUCUUAGUAUGGUAUUAGGCAAGUGGUUUCAUGCAGUUGGUGAGGUUAAUAAUAAGUGAUAUGUAUAGUCAUCAGUA